AUGUCUUUCCUCUUCGAUAAGAUGAAGGAUGCGGUCCACGAUGUUGGGAGUAAGAUGAAAGGGUACAAGAACGAUGACCAACUCAAUGAACAACAACCAGACCAGGCACAACCUAGUAAUCCUCUCAGUCGACAUAUCCAUACACACACUCACAGAGCCUCCGAGUGUUCUGAUGGAGACAGCCACCACCUUCAUCGAUUCCAGUCAUUCGCACCGCAAAGAGAGGGCAAUGAUGCGAAGUGGUACGUGGACGGCUGCGGUUACUUCUGGGCAGUCAGUGUAGCAUUGGAGCAAGCGAGAGAGUCUAUCUGGAUUUUGGAUUGGUGGCUGAGUCCGGAGCUCUACCUACGUAGGCCACCAGCGCGAUAUGAGCAGUAUAGGCUGGACAAGAUGCUCUUCGCGGCGGCAAAUCGAGGUGUACAAGUCAAUGUGAUCGUUUAUAAAGAAGUUACCCAGGCAUUAACCUUAUCGUCAAGUCACACCAAGCAUUGGCUGGAAGACAACGAGAAGAGUGGCAACAUCCGCGUGUUCAGGCAUCCUGAUCACUUACCCGACAAGCAGGUAAUGGCGUCGAACAUCUGGUCCUCAAUCAAGCAGACUGGCCUGAGUGCAGCUAAGCUGAGUCAACUGCCAGGCGAUGUCGUCAAAGGUAUUUACGGCAUGAACGAGGACACCGUCAUGUACUGGGCACAUCACGAGAAGCUAUGUCUGAUCGAUGGUCGGACGGCCUUUAUGGGAGGUCUCGAUAUGUGCUUCGGCCGCUGGGACACGAACCAACACUCUAUCGCGGAUGCUCACCCUGGUGAUCUCAAUCGCGUUGUCUUUCCAGGACAAGAUUAUAACAAUGCUCGCCUCAUGGACUUCACCGACGUGCAGAACUGGCAGAACAAUAAGCUUGAUCGCAAGUACAACUCACGCAUGGGUUGGUCGGAUAUCUCUAUCUGCCUUACUGGACCUGUGGUCGAAGACUUAAAAGCACACUUCGCGCAGAGAUGGAAUUUCAUUUAUUUUGAGAAGUACGACGUGCGUGGACAGAAGAACUACCAUCCCAUCGUAUUCCACCCCGAGAGAGCUGGCAUAUUCGGUCAUCCUUAUGUUCAGAGUGAGCCUGGCGCACCCGUAGAAGGCGAAGGCCAAGCACAUCACUUCCGUGAACGCGUGCGAGAUCAGUACGAGCGAGGUCGACUGGGGCUAGAGGAAGGCAAGGAAGAGCUGCGCGAGCAGAUGCACAAGAUGCACCGUGGUGCUAAAGUCGAGUACCCUCCUGGGCCGCUCGGUGGCGUGGAGGUCCAGCUCAUGCGAUCGUGCACGAAGUGGUCUCAUGGCGUCCCACUCGAGCAUAGCAUCGCGAAUGCCUACAUCGAGACCAUCAGGAACAGCAAGCACUUCGUCUAUAUAGAGAACCAAUUCUUCAUUACAGCUACUUCCGACAAGCAGAAGCCGGUGCAAAAUCGCAUUGGCGCUGCGAUGGUCGAGCGCGUCGUGCGUGCUGCCAGGAACAACGAGCAGUAUCACAUGAUUGUGAACAUACCUUCUGUGCCUGGGUUCGCUGGAGAUCUAAAGGAUGACGGUAGCCUAGGUACGAGAGCUAUCAUGGAGUUCCAGUAUAACAGCAUCAAUCGCGGUGGCCAUAGCAUACUGGAGGCAAUUGCUGCGCAGGGGGUGAACCCGAUGCAGUACUUGAGAUUCUACAAUCUUCGAAACUAUGAUCGGAUCAAUGCUAGCGGGACUAUGGCGCAGGUAGAACAAAAGGCUGGUGUAGAUUACGACGACGCGCGAAGAGGACAUGACCAGAAGUAUGGUCAGCUUGUUGACGCGCAGCACUAUGGACAAGAGUAUGCAGAUCAGGGCGGCAAUGCGAACGCUUUUGACAGAUACCAGCAAGCUGCACAAGAGGUCCGGCACGAGGGUGGUGCGAGCGAGCUUUCACGCUCGAGUUGGGACAGUGUGGCACAGUGCUACAUGCUGGGUGGCCCUGAUAUACGCGACGCACCUUGGGAUGGGGGUUGGCAGUCAGAGAUGGACGCCUUCGUUUCGGAAGAACUGUAUAUCCACAGCAAGCUGCUUAUCGCCGAUGACAGGGUGGUCAUUUGCGGCUCUGCUAAUCUCAACGACCGGUCACAGCUCGGUAGUCACGACAGCGAGAUCGCGGUCUUGAUCGAGGACCCGCAAGAGAUUGACAGCUAUAUGGCCGGCCAGCCUUGGAGGGCGACUCUAUUCGCCGCAUCUCUUCGCCGACAGAUUUUCCGGAAGCAUCUGGGUUUGCUGCGGCCUCAGGAUAUCGAGAGACCUGAUGCGAACUUCAUGCCCAUCGGAGAGCCAAACGACUAUGACUGGAACAGUAGAGAGGACCAAGCAGUCAUGGAUCCUCUAUCUCAGGACUUCUACCAAUUGUGGCAGGGUACCGCUGCGCGCAACACCGAAGCUUUCGCAAGAGUCUUUCACCCAGUGCCUGCAGACAAUGUGCGCAACUGGAAGCAGUAUGAUGAUUUCUUUGGGACGUACUUUAAGCCGGAGGAAGCGAAGAAGGGCGAAGCUGCUGCAAGACCGAGUACGUGGAAGUAUGGGCAUGUCGUUGCGAGCGAGUUCUCGCAAGGCCCAAAUGGUCUCCGCGAGGUGAAGGAGGUGCUAAGCCAGGUCAGGGGAAGUCUGGUGGAGAUGCCUUUGAUGUUCCUGAAGCAGGAAGGGCAGGAUUUAGCUAAAGAGGGCAUGAGCCUGAAUGCUUUGACUGAGGUUGUCUAUACUUAG